AGUUUUGAUUUUGUGUCACAUGCACGUUUAAACUUUAAUUAUUUUAAUAAUAAAAGGAAACAAACAAUCAUUACAGCUAUAGAAGAAUACAAUCGCUGCCAAUUGAAGUUCAGAAAUAUUAAGUUAAUAAUAACUGCAGAAUGUCAAAGGUAAAAUUAAACCUGAUAGCAGCAGCUUGCGAAAAUAUGGGUAUUGGAGCUAAUGGUACCUUGCCAUGGAGACUCAAAAAGGAGAUGGCUUACUUCACAACAAUGACAACAAAAGUAAAAGAUGAGAGUAAACUUAAUGCUGUUAUAAUGGGACGGAGAACAUGGGAUUGUAUCCCAGACAAAUAUAGACCUUUGAAUAAUAGAGUCAAUAUAGUUAUGACACAUAAUGUUGAAGAGGUGAAGACAAAGGUUCCAGAAGGAGUGGUUGUGGUCCCCAGUUUAGAUGAAGCUGUCAAAUAUAUUGAAGGUAGAGAAGAUGUAGAAUCAACGUGGGUUAUUGGUGGAUCUUCUAUUUAUAAGGCUGCAAUGGAACACGAAAACUGUGGAAAAAUUUACCUAACCGAAAUCCAACGAUCAUUUGACUGCGAUGCAUUCUUCCCAGAUAUAGACAGGCAACAAUUCCACUUGGUUGAUGAAGAAGAAAUACCCGGAGAGAGGCAACUCGAAGGUGAUAUAAGCUAUUUCUUCCGUGUGUAUAGAAAAUUAUAAUCUUUGUACAUUCUGAAAUAGUGUCAUCAGGCCUAUCCUGUAAUAGGUGUACUUUAUGUGGUAAAAAACCAAUAAUGCUAUUUAUAAAUUUUAGAGCUUGUUCAUAUGGGAACAAUUUGCAUUUUGCUGAUACAUUUUAUUUAAUUAAGACUUAAAAGUAAGAAUGAUCACCAGCUAUACAUUCCGGCUAAGGAGCUUGGACUCAAUCCUAAGAUCGGGGUUAUGAUUAGGAAAUAGUAAGAAUACAUUUUUUUUGUGUUCUCAGCUUCAUCUUCAUCUUCAUCAAAUAUUAACAUUUUGUUUUCAUGUUCUUUUAUUACCUUAUACACUAUUUUAUACAUUUUAUUAUUAAAUUGUUUUGAGAUAUAACUCACAUAUGACGUGGUAUUGUGAUCUUUGGGUUGGGACACAAGAAAACUCAUUUGAUUUAUUUAUCCUUUCAUUUAGAACCUCUGAUGGAUGUGAUAUUGGCAAGGUCAAGGAAACAUCAUAAAUAAGAAUAGAACAUAUAUUUAUUGCCACAAAAAAAAGAAACAAAAGAAAAUAUCACAUGAACUUAUUCUAAAGAGUAGUAUAAAAAUUGUGGCAAAAGAAAAACUCAAAAAAA